AUGGAGAUAAAAGUCCUGGCAUCGAAGAUUCAGCGUGAGUCGGUAGAGUUGGCCGCUUUGCAAGCGGGCAAAGCCGAAUGGACUGAGAUCUUCCACGACGCGAUCAAGGAUCUAAAAUCUACCGAUCUUUUGUCGGUACGGAAUAGAGACUGGCGUGAUGAUGUUACGCCCGAAGUCCACCAGCCUGCGGACACAGUUCUCCCUGUCUGGGGCGAAUCCGCUCCUCCUUCAUCUUCGGGACAGUAUCUUGGGAACACAUUCUCCUUGAGGACCCCUAGACCCGAUGUGUCCGUCGGAAUGACUGAUGCAUCUCUAGCGUCGGUACUACGACCUGCCAGAGGUGACAAUGCUCGUUUCUUUCUCAAUGAUCUCCAAGACACCGAAGCUCUCAUCAGCGAUCCCGGUCUGACUCGGUUGCACUUAUGCUUUCCCUUCUUUGUCAUCGAAACCAAAUCAGGCGCAGCGGGUGGCAAUCUCUAUCAAGCCCAAAAUCAGUCCGCCGUGAGCGGUGCCUCGGCGAUUAACAUCCUGAAGGGCAUUACCGAGCUCUAUGAGCUGGAAUAUCCCAAGCGGCAUGGCGGCAAGGAGGCACAUUCUACCGUUGACCUUCCACUACUGGCUUUUUCCAUGACCACGGAAGGUCCCGUUUGUGAAAUCUGGGCCCAUUUCUGGGACACAUCUAAGAAGGGGUAUUGCAUGACGAACAUGGGAAUCUGGCGAACGACAAGCGAGGCUGGUGCUCUCGAGGUUGUGUCGAGAAUGUCCCGCAUUCUGAGGUGGGGCUCAGCUGGUCUCAGGAAUGCUAUUGCCGAACGACUCUCUAACUUAUACAAGAUCUGGUCGUGA